GCCCCGCCGGCCGAGGCGCGGGCUGCGGCGCUGCUCUCCGCUCCGCUUCUCGCCCUCUCUUCCCCCGCCGGCCGCGAGGUCGGCCCCGCGCCCUCCACGAUGGGCAUCCACGGCCUGGCCAAGCUCAUCGCCGACGUGGCCCCGGCCGCCAUCCGGGAGCACGACAUCAAGGCGUACUUCGGGCGCAAGGUGGCCGUCGACGCCUCCAUGAGCAUCUACCAGUUCCUCAUCGCGGUGCGGCAGGGCGCCGAGGCGCUGCAGAACGAGGAGGGCGAGACCACGAGCCACCUCGUGGGCAUGUUCUACCGCACCGUGCGCAUGGUGGAGAGCGGCAUCAAGCCCGUGUACGUCUUCGACGGCAAGCCCCCGCAGCUGAAGGCGGGCGAGCUCGCGAAGCGGACCGAGCGCCGCGCCGAGGCGGAGAAGCAGCUGCAGGAAGCUCAGCAGGCCGGAGAGGAGACCAACGUUGAGAAGUUCAGUAAGAGGCUGGUCAAGGUGACGCAGCAGCACACGGACGAAUGCAAGAAGCUGCUCAAGCUGAUGGGCAUCCCUUACGUUGAGGCGCCGGGAGAGGCCGAAGCCAGCUGUGCCGCCCUGGUGAAAGCCGGCAAGGUCUACGCGGCCGCCACCGAAGAUAUGGAUUGCUUGACCUUUGGCAGUCCGGUGCUGAUGCGGCACCUGACUGCCAGCGAGGCUAAGAAGCUGCCAAUCCAAGAGUUUCACCUGAAUCGCAUUCUGCAGGAGCUGGAUCUGAGCUGGGAACAGUUUGUCGACCUGUGCAUCCUCCUGGGUUGUGACUAUUGUGAGAGCAUCCGGGGCAUUGGACCCAAGCGCGCUGUCGAGCUCAUCAAGCAACACAAAACCAUUGAAAAGAUUGUUCAGCAUAUAGAUACCAAGAAGUAUCCUCUGCCUGAGAACUGGUUGCACAAAGAGGCCCAGAAGCUCUUUCUAGAGCCUGACGUGGUAGACCCCGAUGCUGUGGAACUGAAGUGGACCGAGCCAAACGAAGAAGAACUCGUCAAGUUCAUGUGUGGGGAGAAGCAGUUCAACGAGGAACGGAUCCGCAAUGGCAUCAAAAGAUUGAGCAAGAGCCGGCAAGGCAGCACCCAGGGCCGCCUGGAUGACUUCUUCAAGGUGACGGGCUCCAUCACGUCAGCCAAGCGCAAAGAGCCAGAAUCCAAGGGAUCAGCCAAGAAGAAAGCAAAAACUAACAGUGCAGCAGCAAAAGUCAAAAAGGGGAGAUAAUCAGGCUUCCCAAACCACURUGAUUGAUUUGGGAAAAAGCAACUCAAAGCAAAGAGUUUUAGGCCAAUAACAAACAAGUAUAAUUAAAUUCCCAGACUAGGAAAAGAUUUUUUUUUUUAAUACUGUACUUUACGUAUUUUUUUCC